AUGAGCAAUUUGGGUGAUUAUUAAUACAUUCUUUCUGACCAUACUUAAUAAACUUUGAAUGUUCUCAAAAGCCCUUAGAUACUUUAUAGAGGUUAAAAUAGUCAGAAAUUGCGAAAUGAAAUUUAACUAAAUAAAGUAUUAAUAUCAUAAAAUCUAAGAUUGACAUCCUAAAAAAAUUAGAUUACGAAAUUGAGCAAUCUAAAUAUCUUUUCGAGUAGUGCAAAUCGAAAAACCAUAAGAAUAAUAGAAUAAACAACAUUAUGUUGGAAGAUUAAAGCAAUACCAAAAUCAAAUCAAACCUAUUCUGGCAAUUCCAAUAAUCAAUAAAGCCUGAAAAGUAAUAAGUUUUAAAUGAAUAACUGAAUUAAAUAUUGUUAAAUAUUGAGCAGUUAAAAUAAGAGAUGUUACAUUUAAAAAUAAAAGUGAAUUAAUUAGAGUAACAAGAUAGAAAUUAAAUUGAAUUAUAAUUAAACGAUCUUAAUAUACCAAAAAAUUAGUAUUAAAAAAUUUAUUAUUAAUCUUUAUUUUGAAGGCCUUACAACUACUUAAAGCAGGGUAGUAAAUUUCAACAGACGUAUUUUAUAUAAACCAAAAUGCAGCUAUUGAAACAAAACUCAGAAAAGGUUUUAAAUAAAGUUCAAAAAAUUUCAAGCAUUGGAUCAGUUGCACUUUCACCAAUUACAAUUAUUGGAGAUGCUUUUAAAAUUAUAAAUGCUGCCCUUUAUUAUGCUAUUGAUGAAAAUAAUGUGAUAUUAUUUGCAGUAAAUCCAUAAAAAUUAGAAAUUGAAGUGCAAAUGGCAGCAAUAUCUUUAGGAAAAUAACAAUAGGUAAAUAUGAAAAAAAGGAAAGAAACAAUUUUUAAAAAUAGAGUUAACGAUUUAUUAGCAAAAGAAAGCAGUUCCUCAGAAUUAUUUAAGAAUAUUUACUGGAUUUGUGGCACAGAAGAUGCAUUAAUCAUUUUAAGCUAUUUAGAAAAAAACUAUGAAAAAAUAUUAAAGGAAUAACAGAAAAAGUUAAGGGAGAUAUUUGAAGAUGCUGUUAAAUCAUAUUAGUAUUUACCUUAAAAUAUAUCUGUGGAUAUCGGUUGUUCUUCAACAUGUUAAAUGAUUUGA